GUAAUGAUUCAUUUGGGAAAACAACUAUCGUCACACAAAAAAACACAACUCAUCCAAUUGCAAGAAUUGAUCCUAGAAUAUACUGAAGAAUCGUGCGUUGAGUCAUUAUUUCAUCUCUAGUGCUAAACCUCGCCGAGAACAAAACAAAACAACUCGACACGGAUUUGAAUUCCAUUCCAUAUAUUGGACAAGCUGCAGUAGGGACGGGAUAGCCUCCUGCCCAGCGGAUGCCGGCGGUGACCUCGCUACAUGGCAAUUAACAUCAUCCAGAAAACCAAGCCCGCUAAUUAAGCUGCACAGUUUUUCAUUUGGGACUUUAAACGUGUUGUUCCGACAGUGUAGGCAACCUACUGGAUAGCAGGAACCAGCCUAGACAAGGCUACUCUUCAUCUCUCCUUUAACUGCCCCAGUCCGCUGUGUUAUUUGUGCAUGGAAUGAAUCACUUGAGGCUCAGUCGGAAUCUGCAAUGAUUUGCACAGACUGGAGAAAGACGCGAGCCGACCGUGUUGAAGCCUAAAAUGAUGUACAGAUAGGACGGAGUUUGUUUGCGUGGAACCCGGACCCGCAUGCUGCUGUUCAACCGUAGUCUUUUAGCCAGAUCAGAGUAGGCCAACAGUAUCUCCUUUAUUAUUGAGUUACCUGCACAGUCGGGUAUUGAGUUAGUUACCUGCACAGUCGGGUAUUGAGUUAGUUACCUGCACCGCUGGGCCGAAUGGAAACAUGAGUGAAACACAGUGAGGUGACGUCUCCGUCUUGGGGCCGUGGCAGCCCGGGCACAGACCAAGAUCUGUGUUGUGAAUGUGACAUCCAGCUUCAGCGGAGUAAUUAUUACCUCCGCCUCCUACGUUCAAAGGGGAAUAAAACAUUGUUGUGUGUGUAGUUUCCUCGUGGUUGCUGUGUGGAGCCUGCCGCCACACACCCACUCCUCAACAACGACGGCUUUUGCUUGCAUCUUCCAGUGCUUCUUCUGUCAGCAAGUUCAGCAGAGCUGCUGCUCGUCCGCCGCUAGCCCGGACGCCGCAGCCCCCGGCACAUCAGCCAAUCACAGCCCAGAGCCCCGCCCAUGUGACAUGGUGAAGAUGACCAAGUCGAAGACGUUUCAGGCCUACCUGCCCUCGUGUCAUCGCACCUACAGCUGUAUACACUGUCGGGCACACCUGGCUAACCACGACGAACUCAUCUCUAAGUCAUUCCAAGGAAGCCAGGGGAGAGCCUACCUCUUUAACUCUGUUGUGAACGUGGGCUGCGGGCCGGCCGAGGAGCGGGUUCUCCUAACAGGUUUACAUGCUGUCGCUGACAUCUACUGUGAAAACUGUAAAACCACUCUGGGAUGGAAAUAUGAACAUGCAUUUGAGAGCAGUCAGAAGUACAAGGAGGGGAAGUUCAUCAUCGAGCUGGCUCACAUGAUUAAAGACAAUGGCUGGGAGUGACAUCACUUCCUGUCUCCGGCCCUUUAAUGACCUCUGACCUAUCAGAGCUCUGGAUCUAUGAGACUUCACAGAGCGACAACCAAUCACCAUCAACCACCCACCGUGCCGCCCCCUCCGAAACACACACAAAAACACACCCACACACACACAGUCCCUGCUGGUUGUGAAACUGAACAUGAUGCUGUUGAACUGGAGAGACGACUAGCCUAUUGGGGGAUGGACCUUCAGUGAAGACCAUGUGAUCUCACCAGCCAAUGACAGACAGCUGGACUUCAAUUGGCUCCUCCUUCAUCAACCAGGCCACACCCACCUCACUGGCAUUGGCACUUAGUUACACGGCUGCCAUGGCGAUGUGAGAGAGAGGAUAACAUGAUAACGUUCUACUACCCUCUUCCUCCUCUGACCCGGGAGGAAGAGGAGGUGUUGCAGGAGGAAAGGGGAUAGGGUGGCACAGUGG